AAAAAGAAAAAGAAAAAAAGGGAAACAAGGAACGAGAGAUCGAGAGAGCGAGCAGACGACGAGAACACAACACCCGUUCUGUUAUUUUCCCUUGCUCGCUUGCUUACCCCAAAAUUUUAAUCUCGCAACCAAAACCCUAAUUUUGUCUGCUUUCCGUUUCACCCUUCCAAUCUUCAUUUCCAGGUUUCGGUUCCGGAUCGCCAUUGAAGAAGGACCGCCCGAUCGGCUUCUCUUCGCCAGGGAUUCUUCUGCUUUCGGAAACCAGUGAAAUGUCUCCAGCCUCCAGAUCCAAAUCUAAGGACAAGUCCUCUGCAAAAGCUGCCAAGGAGCAGCCAAAGGCUUUAUCCAAGCCUUCUACAGCUUCUACUACAGGGAAUGGCAUUCCAGCAAGUGCAUACAAUCCACUUUCAGGAACAUUCCAUUCCCUUGAGACAGCACCAGUUGUCUCUUCUCCACCUCCCCACAGUAAUGGUCGGUUCCGAAAUAUAGAUGAGACAGAUGAUCAUUCUGGGAGCUCUCUUGGGACUGGGGCAGAAUAUGAUUCUGUGUCAAAUAAUGAUAGUUGCUCUGGUGAAUCAGAAGAUCAACAAAAAGAAAAGAUAAAUAGUACUGUCCGGCAGGAAACGAUACCUGGUGCAGACAAUGAUAAACGGGAGAAGAUCCGACAGAAGAAUGAGAGGAAGCACCAGCGCCAAAGGGAGAGGAGGGCCCAGGAGUUGCAUGAGCGGUGCAGUGGCUAUCUCAUGUCCAGAAAACUAGAAGCACUUGCCCAGCAGCUUGUGGCUAUGGGAUUCUCUUCUGAGCGAGCAACAAUGGCUCUUAUAUUGAAUGAAGGCAAGGUAGAGGAAUCAGUUGCAUGGUUAUUUGAGGGAGGUGAAGAAGCAGCUCAAUAUAAGGAUUCAAACCUUGAUGGUGGGGGUAACUUGAAAAUUGAUAUUGCUGAAGAGCUUGCUCGGAUUGCAGAGAUGGAGAUAAGGUUCAAGUGCUCAAAGCAGGAGGUUGAAAGAGUUGUCGUAGCAUGUGAAGGUGAUUUGGAGAAAGCAGCAGAAACCUUGAAGCCACAGAAACAGCAUCCACCUACUGCUCUGCCGAAGCCAGAAGAAACUGGAGAUCCUCCAGUGGUCAGUAGUGGUAAGGUUGCAGUUUCUGUCACCCACAAUCCAAUGAGACAGGGAGCGAAGCCCACUAUUCCUGUUACAAUACAACAGAGAAGGGAUGAAAAAGAUUUCAACUAUACAAAGGCAACAGCUACAAUGGUGGCAGUGUCUCCUGAAUCUGGAAACAAGAACUUGCAGUCUUUGAGGAGGAUCCAGCCAAAAUCAGAGUGGGUAAGGCCGCAAGUGGCUGCACCAGCAGAGAAGAGGUGGCCAACUGUGGGGUCAAGCCCUUCUGUUUCAUAUUCUUUGGCAUCUUCUAUCCAAGUUGCACCUCCACCAACAAAGACCGAAACUCGGUAUGUUGUUGUUGGAGGUGAAGUUAAGAACCUUCAAACGGGAGUAGUGAGAGAACCAGUGAUCAUGAUGCAGCGCCCACAAACAACUAAUGCAAAGCAGAACUCAGCCACAAGUAUCAAUGCGCCCCCUACUGUGAGUACCAGAUGGUAUCCUAACAGUAUUGCAGGUAUGGAAAUGAUGAAGCCAUGCGGUAGUUUACCGUAUAUUCCACCAACAAGCCUGAGUUCGAGCAAUAUGAGCUCACAACAGUUCUACCAACCUCAGUAUCAACCUUUUGCAUCCAGUCCCAUGGAGUCCACAACAAAUGGCUGGGGUGGUUCUUGGAGCAGCACAGGGAAUUCAUCAUCUCUUUCUGUGCCAUCCUCUCUGGGGCUUUUCUCUGGGUGGGGCUCAACAGGUGCAUCAGGUUCAAAUUCACCAGUUGAUUGGAAUACCGGGGACUCUAUGCCACAAUGUGACUACACCAACAUAGACUGGACAUUGGAGUCAACAUCUUCAAGACCAAAUGGGCUGUGGUUGGGGCUUGCUUCAUUUGUGAAAAACAGUCGGAUGUAUGACUCAUGGUCGUCAGCAACUUCUGCAGCUGCAAUGCCUGCAAUGAGGUCAGCAACUUCAAGUGGUGUUUGCAUCACGGGAUUGCAGGAUGGAGUGGUGGCGACAGAUACAUCAUCUUCUGCAGGUUCUCACGAGUGGACAUCACCAUUUGCAGGGAAGGAUCUUUUUAGUCUACCCAGGGAGUUUGUUACUUCCCCUUCUCUGUAGGACGGGGAAGGACUUUGAAAGAUAGAAAAAAAAGGAUAAAAGGACAGAUAAAAGAGGUUGGAUUUGCUGCUGUUGAUUCUAUGCCGUGUUGAUGGUUGUUGCUGCUUAAAAAAGUGUAAAGAAUUUAGUUCCUGGGUGAUAUUUGGUUUCCUUUCUAUUUCUUUUA